CAAAAAGAUUAGAAAUGCAGAAGAUAUGAUGAAUCUAUUGAAAGGAGUUGGAAUUAUUACUCCAUGCGAAGAGGCUGGUAAAGGAAGGAGGUCUAAGCGUUGUGUGGGUUACGUGCCCAUAAAAAUUAAGCAAAAGUGUGGUCCUCAAAGUAUAAUAUGUCUUCGGUGCAAAAAACUUAGAAAAUAUUUGCAACAAAAUUAUAAAAAGAAAAGUAUCCUUCAAACAAGAAAGAGAAGUUAAAUAAAAAAAAAAAGAAUCGUUGCACAGCAAUUGUGGAAUCUAGAAAGAGACUUCAAAAGAAGAAUUGUGGUAGAUGUGUGGUAGAACUGCAAGCAUUUUUAACAGUGUAUGAAAAGUCUGAAAGGCAUAUAUGGUUACCAUAAAAGUAAGUUUUCAUUAAUGAAGACCAAGACUGAUAAAAUGAACAAAAAACUUAUUCGAGGAGUAUUUGCUAUUGGCGAGGUAAAACUAUCUACCUCCGUUGUCUUUAAUAGAGAAACGUGCACAUUUGAUGGAUUCGUUGACAUUGGACGACACCCACCAAAUCGCCAAAAAGGUGAAAAAGGUGGUUCUUGGUUUCUUCAAUCUUUUUCAAAUUUACAAAUUACACUGGAAGAGGUUUUUCGGAUUAAUGAGAGAGAGCUGCGGAGCAAAUGACCACCGGGAUUCGUCACUAUUCAUUCAAAUGUUUCGGCUCGCAUCGACAUAUUCUCUAUUGAAGCCGCCUGAGGGAUGCAACGUUACCAAGGGUGAGACGAUGGAUGCACUACUAAAAUUAAAUGAUAUUGUUGACAAGAAGGAAAGGCAGCUUCAGUGGAAUAAAAAAAUUGAUCACAUAAUGGAAAAUGAACAAGGGACCCCAAUUUUAGAAAGCAUGCCAGAGAUAGUGGAACAAAAUGAUUUUUACAUGAGCAACACUUCAGAUUAUGCUGUAGCGUAUGUAGCAGGAUACGUCACCAGGAAAGCGUCCGAAAGAUUCGUGAAAUUUUUAAAUAAUGGACAACCCUUUGUUUGCCAAAAUUGCAUUGCAACUUUAAACCUUGCAUUAGAUGAAACGAUACCCAAUAGUCAUAAACUAAUUACAAUAAAAACAAAAGGUUUUUUAAAAUACCCUUCCAUUCAACUUUGCGAUUUGGUAGGGCUCUUGGAGAGGACGUGCGUUGCAUUGGUUGUAAAGAAGAGAUAGAAAUUACAAGAAGCAUCGUUAGAUUCUUUUUAACAUUCCGAAUGUUGUCUAUUGCUAAGCAGUCAAAUAAACGUGAUAAUAUUGAGAGAGAAAAGACCAAGGAAAAGAGGAAACUAGCAAAAUUAUCAAACUCAAAUUCAGUUAAAACGAAUUCACAUCUCCAAGCGGCUCGUGUUUUAAAAUCUACAGUAGAUAAUUUUCAAAAUAGAGUACGUAGAAAACGAAAACUUCCUGUGAAGA